CCUUCGCUAGCAGCUGCGCUUAGCCUGGGACUGGACCGAGUUAGAGUUGAGGCACCGGAGGAGUAACGCGGAGUCCGUGCGUCCCCCGCGGGGGGGGGUUCCGUGCCGGAGAGCGGCGGGGAGCCGGGCUCCAGCCCAGUUUGGUGCAGCCUUGGCAGAGACCAACAAGGAGAGGGAGCUCUAUUAACACGGUGUUUUUGUGGAGGGCAGCAAGUUGAUGCAAGAGCAGAUUCCUCAGAAAAGGCGAGGGAAAAGUCUUGGAGUAACUUAUUAAGGUAAACAGGUUGCAGUGGAUUUCUGCAUGGCAGGUCUGGAAUGGACACAGGUUCUCUGGGAGGAUUAGAAUUGUCUGAACAUACCCCUAGUCUGCUAGGGAGUACCAUCAUGGCAACGGGCCUCGCAAAUGUAGGAAAUACGUUUGGAGGUCCACCCAGUUCUUUAGUUUCUAGACCUAAUAAAUUCCAAAACUCGCCUAUAGAAGAUGAUGAUGAUGUAGUUUUUAUUGAACCUGUACAAGCUCCACAAACUUCUACGUCACUGAUACCAGAUCAAAGGAACACUGCGUUUACGUCAUCAAAAAAUGAAGACCUUCAAGGGAAUGAUUCCAAGAUGCUUCCUCCUCCAAAAGACUUAAAUACUCAAAAGGGGAGUAUAAGUGAAACUAUUAUUAUUGAUGAUGAAGAAGAUAUUGAAACAAAUCAAGGACAAGAGAAGAACGCUUCCAGUUUUAAUGAACGAAGACUUCCAGAGUGUAAAAACAGAACCACCGAUCUGGAAUUCUCAGCUUCCAGUUUUUCAAGAAGUAAGGUAAAUUCAGGAAUUGGUAAUAGUGGUAUAACCACAGAACCAGACUCUGAAAUUCAGAUUGCUAAUGUUACCACAUUAGAAACAGGUCCUAUGAGCUCUGUGAGUGAUGGUCAUUUAGAAAAUGCUGAAGGGCGUGACAUGAACUUAAUGAUUACACAUGUAACAUCAUUGCAGAAUUCCAACUUGGGAGAUGUAUCUAACGGACUGCAGUCAAGUAAUUUUGGUGUUAAUAUACAAACAUACACCCCAUCUUUAACUUCACAGACCAAGACUGGUGUAGGACCUUUCAAUCCUGGUAGGAUGAGUGUGGCUGGAGAUGUAUUUCAAAAUGGAGAAUCUGUGACUCAUCAUAAUCCUGAUUCCUGGAUAUCCCAGUCAGCUUCGUUUCCUAGGAAUCAGAAGCAACCAGGUGUGGAUUCUUUGUCACCAGUAGCAUCACUUCCUAAACAGAUUUUCCAGCCUUCUGCCCAGCAGCAGCCUUCUAAACAGAUUAAAGUCACAUGUGCAAACUGCAAAAAGCCUUUACAGAAGGGACAGACCGCAUAUCAGCGAAAAGGAUCAGCUCACCUUUUCUGUUCCACUACCUGCCUCUCAUCAUUCUCACACAAACCUACUCCAAAGAAACUUUGUGUUAUGUGCAAAAAAGAUAUAACAACAAUGAAAGGUACCAUUGUUGCUCAAGUUGAUUCAAGCGAGUCUUUCCAGGAGUUCUGCAGUACAUCAUGUUUAUCUUUCUAUGAAGAUAAACAGAAUCCCUCAAAAGGAGUUUUGAAUAAAUCAAGAUGCACUAUCUGUGGUAAACUGACUGAGAUUCGUCAUGAAGUUAGCUUUAAAAAUAUGACACACAAGCUGUGCAGUGACCACUGCUUCAAUAGAUACAGGAUGGCGAAUGGUUUAAUAAUGAAUUGCUGUGAGCACUGUGGGGAGUAUUUGCCCAGUAAAGGAGCUGGAAACAAUAUUCUUACUAUUGAUGGUCAGCAGAAAAGAUUCUGCUGUCAGAACUGCGUUGGCGAAUACAAACAGAAAUAUGGCAAAUUAACAUCUUGUACUGGCUGCAGAGCUCAGUGCAGGUUUUUUGACAUGACUCAGUGCAUAGGACCUAAUGGAUAUAUGGAGCCAUACUGCUCAACUGCAUGCAUGAACACACACAAAUCAAAAUAUGCAAAAUCACAAAGUAUGGGAAUUAUUUGCCACUUUUGUAAACGAAACUCUUUACCUCAGUAUCAAGCCACAAUGCCUGAUGGAAAACUGUACAACUUUUGCAGUUCCAGUUGUGUAGCUAAAUUUCAGACUCUUAGUGUGCAGUCUUCAACAAAUGGUCAGUUUGUCUCUCCUAGUGAUAUUCAGUUGAAAUGCAGUUAUUGCAAAAGUUCUUUUUGUUCAAAGCCAGAAGUACUGGAAUGGGAGAACAAAGUUUAUCAGUUCUGCAGCAGAGCUUGUUCUGAUGAUUAUAAGAAACUGCACUGCAUAGUUACGUACUGUGAAUAUUGCCAAGAGGAGAAAACGCUACAUGAAACGGUGAAUUUCUCUGGUGUCAAAAGACCAUUUUGUAGUGAAGGCUGCAAGCUGCUAUAUAAACAAGACUUUGCAAGACGGUUAGGACUGAGAUGUGUUACUUGUAAUUACUGCUCACAGCUGUGCAAAAAGGGAGCAACUAAAGAACUUGAUGGUGUAGUGAGAGAUUUCUGCAGUGAAGAGUGCUGUAAAAAAUUUCAGGACUGGUACUACAAGGCUGCACGAUGUGACUGUUGUAAGUCUCAAGGAAGUCUCAAAGAGAAAGUGCAGUGGCGUGGAGAAAUGAAGCACUUUUGUGAUCAGCACUGUUUGCUGCGUUUCUACUGUCAACAAAAUGAACCAAAUCUGGCAACGCAAAAAGGACCUGAGAACUUACAGUACGAUCAGGGCUGUCAAACCACCCGAACAAAACUAACGGGCUCAGCACCACCACCUUCUCCUACACCUAAUAGAGAAAUGAAGAACAAGGCAGUUCUUUGCAAACCUUUGACAAUGACAAAAGCCACAUACUGUAAACCUCAUAUGCAGACAAAAUCUUGUCAGACAGAAGAUGAUUGGAAAAAAGAGUGUGUCCCAGUGCCUAUUCCUGUUCCUGUUUAUGUUCCGGUGCCUAUGAACAUGUAUAGUCAAAAUGUUCCUGUUCCUACAACAGUUCCUGUUCCUGUGCCAGUUCCAGUUUUCUUGCCCACUACUCUGGAUAGCAGUGAGAAAAUCCUUGCAGCAAUUGAAGAGCUGAGGGGGAAAGUGUCCUCAAAUCCUCUGGAAACUGAGCUAUUGUCCUUGUCAGGGGCGGUACCUGAAGAAGAUGGAAAAACAGAAUCUUCUGAUGUGACCAGUGUGAUAGUUGAAUCAAAUCUGCUAAACUCUGAAAGAGAGGCACAGACAAGCUUGCCUGAUGUUCCAUAUGAACCAGACCUUGAUAUUGAGAUAGACUUUCCAAGAGCAACUGAGGAGCUUGAUACAGAAAACGAGUUUUUAUUGCCUCCUGUUUUUGGGGAAGAAUAUGAGGAACAGCCAAGACCUCGGUCCAAAAAGAAGGGAGUGAAGAGGAAAGCCCUGUCAGAGUAUCAGUCCCAGGACGAUAGUUCUGAAAACUCAGAAAGUAGUUUUCCGUUUAAAUACACGUAUGGUGUAAACGCAUGGAAGCACUGGGUGAAGUCUCGACAUGUAGAUGAAGGUCUUCCAGAAUUAGAGGAACUGAAAUCAACAAAGUCUGUGAAAUUAAAGGAAGAUCUAUUAUCACAUACUUCAGCUGAGUUAAGCUAUGGGUUGGCUCAUUUUGUCAAUGAAAUUCGAAGGCCAAAUGGAGAGAACUAUGCACCUGACAGCAUCUAUUAUCUGUGUCUUGGGAUUCAGGAGUAUUUAUAUGGAAGUAAUCGAAAAGACAACAUAUUUAUUGAUCCAAUCUACCAGACGUUUGAACAGGAAUUAAAUAAAAUUCUUAGAAGUUGGCAACCAAGCAUACUUCCAGAUGGGUCGAUAUUCUCUCGAGUUGAAGAAGAUUAUCUUUGGAGGAUUAAACAACUAGGAUCGCACUCACCAGUCGCUCUUCUGAAUACUCUGUUCUACUUUAACACUAAGUAUUUUGGCCUGAAAACAGUGGAGCAGCACUUAAGACUUUCUUUUGGCACUGUUUUUAGACAGUGGAAAAAAAAUCCUCUAACAAUGGAAAGCAAAGCUUGUCUUCGAUACCAAGUGUCUUCCCUGUGCAGAGCUGAUAAUGAAGAUAAAAUUACUACUGGAAAAAGGAAACAUGAAGAUGACGAACCAAUAUUUGAACAAAUUGAAAACACGUCGGAUCCAGCUAGAUGCCCUGUGAAAAUGUUCGAGUGCUACCUGUCUAAAAGUCCACAGAAUCUGAAUCAGAGAAUGGACUUGUUCUAUCUGCAGCCGGACUGUUCAGUCUCCUCGGACAGCCCUAUCUGGUAUACUUCCGUGUCACUGGACCGCAACACUUUGGAAAAUAUGCUCGUACGGGUUCUUUUAGUAAAAGAUAUUUAUGAUAAAGACAAUUACGAACUGGAUGAAGACAUAGAUUAAAACAUCUUCCAAAAACAGUCAAGAAAACAAACAGCAUUAGAUAUAGUCAUGCUGCUAGACCUUUAUUAUGGAAAACAUUUCAAGUUUACCCUUUGUUUUAUGAGUUUUGUAGCAGUGUGUACCCUCACCUGGGUAUUACCAUGUAAAUAGUCUGUGAGUGAAAGUUUCCAUUAUUCUGCAUAGUGGUUUUAGGAUACUUAACAAACACACUUCAGAUUCUUUUUUUUUAUUAUUAUUUAUUUGAUUAGGUAUGUUUGUAACUUUUUACAUUGCAAAAUAUGAAUGAGAAUGUGCCAUGUGUAAUUUUUUUUCUUGUAGUAAGAAACAUCCAUAUUGCACAACUCUGCUGUUGCAAGCUCCCUUGAAAGGUGGCUCUUUUAAUGGGUUCUUAAACCGGAUGGUUGUGUAUGGGUAGCACUACUAAAGUUUAGAACUUGCUGUGUCUUUCAGAAUUUUUAAAUAAAUUGUAAACUAAUAGGUUUUUUACUUUUUAGUUACUGAAGCCUUAUAAGGUUGUGUAGAGAGAUUCCAUCUUAUGUACCAAAAAUAGACAAAAGAGAAUGCUGUCAAUAUUGGUGUACUGUAAUGUGAAUCUAUCUGGUGAAAACAUUUUUUGUUGCCCUUAUUAAAACCUUAGUGUCCUUUCCUUA